AAAAAAUCAUACAAUUGAAAUUAUUCAAAACUACAAUACCUAUAUUUAUGUUACUAAUAAUUUGUUAUCCGUCUUCAAAAAUUUCAUAUUUUAUUGAUGAAAUAUUAAAUCCUUAUUUUUCAAUUAAUUGGCCAUCAAUGAUAUUGAUCAGAUAUACACUUGAGAGACAAGAUGCGUUCCAAAGGAAAUUCCACAUACGACAAACCAAGAGUGACAGGGAGAGACAGAGAGGGAGGGAGAGAUGGAUAGAUCGUCAGAUAUAUUCCUGGUACACUUACGCGUUCCUGCAAGUUCAAGCUCGAGGCAGGAAGGACGAUUUGCGGCCGACAAAGCCGGUUAAACGGAAGUGGCAGUCGGUUAUACCGCCACUAAGUAAGUGCGAAUUAACGUGUGGAGAGGAUCGACGUGAACGAUAGUAAGAGAUAGAAAUCGUUCGAACUGAGAAACGAUAUUAUCAAUUAUUCCUCUUCCGAUUGUUUAAAGAAAGAAUUCUGCUAAUAUAGCACGAAUGGAACGUUUGAGAAGAAAAUUCCUUUUUUCGAAAAACAGGUAUUUGAUUUUAUCAUAUUUGAUUGUAUAUUGUAUUUUAUAUUUAGUGUCGACGAAUGGUUUUACAUUUAUCACUUGCUCUUUGAGAAGCUAUUUCAAA